CAGUAUUUUUUCAGAAGUGAAACGAUAAACUUGCAGUCUUGUUAUUGAAUUUCAUAAGCAUCAAAACAGACCUAACUGACGAAAAACGUUGAUAAUUAUUGUAAUUUCUAUUGUUCAACACAAUCGCUGAGCUAAACAAAGUGAUAAUUUAUUGAAAAUGGAAGGUCAAGGGAAGAAAAAAGGAAAAGGUGGUGGCCAACAGCAGCAGCAGCAGGGUGGAGGAGGGAAAAAACAACAACACCCAGCAGGUGGAGAUGGACAGCAACCGCAGGGCCAAGGCAAAGGAGCAGGGAAAAAACAAAACCAGCAACAACAGCAGCAGAAGCAACCAUCUUCGGAAUCAACUGGACAGCAGGUGCCAUCCAAUCAGCCACAAAAACCCCAGCAGCAGCAGCAGCAAGCUGAACAAGGAAAACUUACCUAUAAGCAAAAACAACAACUACGCCUUCAACAGCAGCAGCAAGAGCAGCCGCAACCAUCUUCGGGACCUGGCGAACAACAGGUUCCACCGGGCCAGACACAACAACCUGAGCAAGGAAAACUGACCUACAAGCAAAAACAACAACUACGUAAUCAACAGCAGCCGCAACCGGGACCUGGCGAACAACAGGUUCCACAGGGCCAGCCGCAACAACCUGAGCAAGGGAAACUGACCUACAAGCAAAAGCAGCAACUGCGCCAGCAGCAACAACCCCAGCAGCAACAACCCCAGCAGCAACAACCCCAGCAGCAACAACCCCAGCAGCAACAACCCCAGCAGCAACAACCCCAGCAGCCAGUUCAAACACAUGAUCCAUCUCCAACACAUUCGUCACACUCAUCCUCACCCGCACAUGCCGCCGCACUCGAACGGAUCGAGGAUGACUUCAACCGCAUCAAGAUUGACAAGCAAAAGAUUCAUUCGUCCAGCCUGUUGCCUGUGCUGAUGCGUCCAAACGCGCACGGCACCCGCGGUAGAGUGAUCCAAGUGGAGGUCAACUAUAUCCAACUCCUGCUGGAUCGCAUCAUUUCCACUGCAUACCACUACGAUGUGGACAUCAAACCGCCCGCUUCUCGCAAAUGGCAACGCUUGGCCUUUGCCGAGUUCUCGAAGCAGUUGUUCCCGAAUCAUGGAUUUGCCUUCGAUGGUAACAAAAAUGCCUAUACCGCACGGCGCCUGAAAGCCGACCACUACGAACAGGAGAUAAAGGUUCGAAGUGAUGGUCGCGAUCGUAAGUUCACCGUUGCCAUGAAGGAAGCCGCCGUGCUGGACAUGAACUGUCUGAAAACGUAUAUGAAUAAUGGUAGCACUCUCGACAAGCCGAUGUCGGCCAUUCAGUGUCUGGACAUCGUGCUGCGAACCGCGUACGAGAACAAUCCACGAUUUAUCAAGUUCAAGAAAUCGAUUUACGUGAUUCCGGACAGGCCGGAUGAUAUCGGAGCAAACCACGAGUUGUGGUACGGUCUGUUCCAAUCGGCAUUGCUAGGUGCAAAGCCAUUUUUGAACAUUGAUGUAUCGCACAAAGCGUUCCCUAGCGGGGGCCCAAUCCUGAAGAUCCUGAGCGACUUCAACCGACAACAGCUUCCGGAUCGCGUUCCCGAUUGGAUGGCCAUGGAGUUGCACAACUACCUGAAGGGAAUGGAGGUUUCCUAUACCGGACCAGACGGAGUUGACAAAUUGUACAAGUACAACGGCAUCAAGGGACCGGCCAGUCAACAGAAAUUUAAACUUGAGAAUGGUACCGAACUGACCAUCGAACAGUACUUCCGGCAGCAAAAGAAACCACUUCGUUAUCCGAAUCUACCGGUAAUUCACGUCGGAAGCACCAUUCGUAACGUGAUGCUUCCGAUUGAGCUGUGCAGCGUUCCUCGUGGACAAGCGCUCACAAAGAAACACCCUGAUACGUGCACCCAACACAUCAUCAAAAAAUCGGCAACGGAUACCGCCACGAGGAAGAGCAAGAUCAUGAAUCUAUUCAACCAGAUCGGCUACAACAGUGCUCCGACAAUCAAAGAAUUUGGAGUCAGCGUUGGUACCGCUUUCGAACAAGUCGACGGCCGGAUCAUCGAUCCUCCUGAUUUGGUUUAUCGCAAUCAGCAACGCGCAAAGCCUAUGAGAGGCGUUUGGCGAGCGGAUAAUUAUAAUUUCAUUGUUCCGAGCACAGAUGUGGUGAGACGUGCCCUUAGCUGGACCAUACUGAACCUAGACGGUAGAACCCGUCCGGAUGCAAUUGGAGAAUUCGGAAGGGCUAUCUACCAGAUGUCGCAAAAACAAGGGGUCCAGUUGCAGCCGUUCUCCAUGAAAGACAAUUUCUACGAACCGAAAGACAUGAAAACUUGCAUUCGAGAUUUGGACAACAUUUUCACCGACCUGAAACGCCAAAAAAUGGAUUUGGUGUUCGUAGUGAUUCCAAAUCCCGGUAGAGAUGGUGACGUUUACGCCAAGGUUAAGCAAAAGGCUGAACUACAGGUUGGCGUGCUCACGCAGUGCAUCAAGAGUUUUACGCUGGACAGAAAACGCAACGAUAUGAGCACCAUCAGCAACAUUUGGUUGAAGAUCAACGCCAAAACGAACGGUUCAAAUCAUCUGCUGGCACCCAAUUGUAAACCUCCGAUCUCUCGGAAAACCGUGAUGUAUAUCGGAGCCGACGUUACCCAUCCCUCGCCGGAGCAGACCAACAUUCCAAGCGUGGUUGGAGUGGCGGCCUCGUACGAUCUCGAGGGUUUCCGCUAUAAUUGCUGUUAUCGUUUGCAAAACGCCAAGGAUGAAAUGAUUCGCGAUUUGGAAAACAUCGUUUGCAAGCAGCUGAAGCAGUUCCAGCAACAGAAUCAAACAUUGCCUGAGCUAAUCAUGUACUACCGUGACGGUGUAUCCGAGGGUCAAUUUUCAGAAAUCUUGACUAUUGAACUCAGAGCGAUCCAAGCGGCAGCGGCAACGGUCAGCACUAAUCCGAAUUAUAAACCAAACAUUACGUUUAUUGUCGUCCAAAAGCGACAUCAUGCCCGAUUCUUCCCAACGGCCAGAUGUCCAACCGAGGGAAAAAACAACAAUGUACCUCCGGGUACCAUCGUCGAUCGUUACAUUACUGCGCCCAAUCAGUACCAGUUCUUCCUGGUGUCGCAUGCUGCCGUCCAGGGUGUUGCCAAACCGACUAAGUACUGCGUCCUAUGGGAUGAUGAAAAUUGCCACCCGGAUCAGCUGCAGGCAAUCACAUAUAAUCUGUGCCACAUGUUUGCCCGCUGCAAUCGAUCCGUAUCCUAUCCGGCUCCGACAUACUACGCUCAUCUGGCCGCUUACCGGGGACGCGUUUACAUUAAAGACCGGAAUCUCAACAUGAACAACUUGCUGAACGAGUACCAAAGGAUGCAGAUCAAGACGGAGAUCAUUGACGGUCAUCCAAUGUUCUUUGUUUGAAGUGCAUUAUGCACCCUAAUAUAUGUGUCUCUUUAUUCUUUUUUAUACCUACUCUUAUUAUACUAACAUAUUGAUAUAUUAAUUAAAUAUGAUUGGAAUUACACCAAUCAUCGAACUGAACUGAAAAUUCGUUAACAUAUUUUAAUCAUAUAUAUUAUUCUCAAAAUUAUUCAUCAAAACUAUGUUAUAAAACAAAUAUAUGUAAUAGAU